GUGUUUUUGUUUUUAUCGCUAGUCGUUUUGUUUUGCCGGCGUUAAUAAUUUAAAUUGUUCUACCAAAACAUCAAAUAAUUAGUUUUAAUCAUUGUAACUAGUUAAAAGCUGUUAACAAUCACACGUGUAUCAGUUAAAGUGAUUCGUACGCAUGGAUCCGGGUGCUGGACCGUCCACAUCGCGAGGCGGUGGCCGAUCAUCGCGCGGUAAUUCACGAGGCGCGACUGCUGGUCGUUCUUGGCGGGGUCGCGGUUUUUGGCGACCGUACAACCGUGGGGGCGGCCCCGGAGGCCCACCCCGAGAGCGUCCCGUAGGAUAUGCCCUUCCACGGCUGGACGAUGAUGGAGAACAAUCUGCGGACCGUGGGUCCCCAUCGGGAUUGCUGCCGGUUGGAUCACAAUCAUCUCAACAGCCACUAUUGUCGGUGAUGCUGGAAAAGGAACCGUGCGAGUAUCCAGGUUGGAAGCUGUAUCUACCGCAGGAAGGAUAUCGCGAGGGGUCAUCCACUCUGCAAAAGAUUCAGGCAGCGGAACGACAUUAUGGUAAACUUCCUGAGCAGUACGAUCUGUCGGCAAUUAGGACCAACCUUUGGUUCGAGUUGGACAUUAGCGUGGGUGAAGCAGAUCCAACAUUCAUGCAAGAUUGGCCCACAUUUCGCCAGGAUUUGGUGGACAAUCCGGAGCAAACGUUGGCCAUGGCUGGACUGGCCAUGCACCAAGUGGUCACCAAGGCGCUUGUAGGGGAACUUUCAUCACAAUCGUCCGACGCGUCGCAGUCCCAUGACAAGCUGAUGCUGCAGGCCAUACGCCCCAGAGUUGUCGGUCAUGGACCGGAGGUCCAUUUGCGGCACAUGAAAAUCAACAGUUUCGGAAAGUUGUUUGCUGUUCGAGGAACUAUCAUCAGGGCGGGCAAUUCCCAGGUACUCAACUCAUGGAUGGCGUUUCGGUGUUCGCUGUGCCAUGGUCAGCAAGCAAUCCGACAAACAGAUGGAAUGUUGACCCUUCCUACGUCCUGCCGGGAAGGCUGUAAGGCAAGGAGCAACUUUAUUCCAAUGAGAUCAUCGGUAUUCACACGAACAGAGGCAUUCCAAACAGUACGCUUGCAGGAAUCUAUGUUAGGAGCUCGUUCCGGACACGGUCAGGUUCCGAGGAGCAUCGAGGUGGAGUUGACUCAUGAACUGGUGGACGCUGUUUGCCCAGGAGAUGACGUUACGAUUACUGGGAUAUUGAAAGGCCGCCCCCAAGAGGAGAACAGUUCAAAGGCACGCACCACGGCCAGCAUGUAUAAAAUGUACAUGCAAGCAGUAGCCGUUCGGAGCAACAAGAAUUCAUUGGCCAGUUGGCAUCGAGCGGCGGAAUUCUCCGACUUGGAUAUGGAAGCCAUUCGAACAAUUCGAUCGGAACCUUGCCCAUUUCGAUUGUUGGUUCAAUCGUUGUGUCCGAUGAUUUACGGACAUGAAAUGAUAAAGGCUGGCCUUCUACUGGGAUUGUUUGGAGGUGCUUCCAUAACCAAGGGUCGGCGUGCAGAGAUUCACGUCUUAAUUGUUGGCGAUCCCGGAAUCGGGAAGAGCCAGAUGCUACAAUCAUGCGCAGAAGUGUCUCCCAGGGGCAUUUUCGUUUGUGGGAAUAGCACCUCCAAUGCCGGAUUGACUGUGGCCGUUCGGACCGAGAAAGGUUCCGGAGGAGCUUUGGAAGCAGGUGCACUGGUGCUUGCAGAUCAAGGUGCUUGCUGCAUCGAUGAGUUUGACAAAAUGUCGGGAAAUCAUCAGAUACUGCUGGAGGCCAUGGAACAGCAAGUGGUAAGCGUUGCCAAAGCGGGGGUGAUUUGUUCACUACCAGCCCGUACGUGCAUCCUCGCCGCAGCAAAUCCAUCCGGGGGACACUACGACAAAUCCAAAACCGUAUCGGAGAAUCUCAAAAUGAAACCAGCUCUCCUGUCUCGGUUUGAUUUGGUUUUCAUUCAGCUGGAUCGUCCGAACGCUCAUCUGGAUAAUUUGUUGGCCGCUCAUGUCCAGCGUCUACACGGAAUGCAAAAUGGACAACAACCAGCGCAGGGUGCUGCAUUCCAGGCUCUUCUAAUCGGAAUGGGAACAUCAACCUUGCACGGAUCACAAGCCGAGGUGCCUCUCCAUGAACGAUUGAAAAUCAGGGCUAACGAGAAAAUGGACCUGCUACCGGUGGAACUCAUCCAGAAGUACAUCGCAUACGCUCGUAAGAACGUCCAUCCCAAGCUGACUGAAGAGGCCGCCCUGGAGAUAAGAAACUUCUAUGCGGAAAUGCGCCGGGCCCAGCAGGGUAUGGACUCGAUUCCGGUGACGACCCGCCAACUAGAAGCGCUGGUGCGUCUUACCCAAGCUCGAGCACGAAUGGAUCUCGAAUCGGAGGCCACCCUGCGACACGCCCAGGAUGUUAUCGCCAUCCUGCGGUACAGUAUGAUCGACGUAUUCAGCAACGAUGUCGGAGAUUUGCAACCGAAUCGUCUGAUGAACGGAGCGGGGGUGAGUCAAACGAGCCUGGUGAAACGUUACGUGCGACUGCUGCAAUCCAAGGUGGCCACGCAGAACAAAACCAUUUUCUCGCUGGCGGAGCUGAAACAGAUGGCUGGCGUUGGAACGGAUUUUAACCGGCUGCUGGAUGCGUUGAACAUUCAAGGAUUUCUGCUCAAGAAGGGACGAGAUUUGUACAAAUUUAUGGCGGAUUGAGAGUAAGUAAGACUUCAGCUAUUUACAUAUAUGUACUUUGUUGACCAUGUCAACGAUUUGUCUCAUAAUUUUCAAUGAAUUCGAUAAGUCUGUUUUAUUUAAGUUUUGUGGAGUUACAUUUUGAUUUUUCGUUUGUCUUUUAAAUUGAUACCACCAACAUAAACUGUAUUCGAAAAAAAAGUAGCUGGAUC